UAACAGGUUAGGUAUUAGGUGAGACCGGUGAAAUUAUUUCUCGUAGCGGUCUUAAUAAACCUCCAUUUCCCGCAAAGUUACUUCAAUUUGUCUACGUCAAAAAUUUGGAAUUUACUUCGAAACGAACCUUCAACGAUUCGAAUUUGACCGAAUUUAUCACGAUAUGAUUUUAACACGUAAGACCGGAGUCGAAAUGUUGGAAACUCCAAUGACUCGACGGUUCUGUGAAUCCCGCAUCAUGACGGAAUAUCACCUACGGAAGCCGUACUUCAUUAACGCCAACGACGACUUGGUACCUGUCUGUUCCCAGGGCUCCGUCCCAAACGACGAAAUGUGGAAAAAAUUUGAACUUUAUUUGACCCCUCCAAGCUCACCCCCGAGAGAAAACGAUGGCCCCCAAGUUCCGGAAAUAGAAUCGGAUAGCACCUUCGCAACCUUAACUUCCGGGUUUGACUUUACGAAUUUGGAUUUGGACUUUGACCCCAAAGAAUUUGAAGACAUGCUGAACUGUCAAGGCGAAUUGUCUUGCAAAGACAAAAUUGUCUGCGAUUGUCGAAGCGAACAGCUUAUCAAAGAUUGCAUGUGGAAUGGCGUUGGACAUAAAGCCUCAGCUGGCUUUAGAAACAUAAGAAAUAAUCGCCGUUCAUCUCCCGCUACAUCCCACUCCCCAUGUCACGCACACGGAUGCGUCGACCCAAGGAACAUAUUCCCGUACCCAGUUGGACAACCAAAUUGCUGCGAAAACCAACGAAUAAAGAUUCCGUCGCCGGCCCCCGUCUCCAUCAGACACCGACCCCCAAUGGAUGGAGCAGAGACACCUAGCGACUCAGAAGAGGAAAUCGACGUGGUUACAGUUGAAAAGAACAGUACCGUGUUAAAAGCAAAGAACAAUGUGACAAUCGGACAAAAAGGUGUGACACCCGGGAAAAAGAUUCUGGCUACGUUAGUUCCAAAAGAAAACGGAAAAUUAACCCUCGUAACGAACACUAGCGGCGCUACAAACUUUAUCAGAAAGGGAGUAAAAACCAUCACCCAAAAUGCUGAGAUGGUCGAACGCGGUAGGGCAAGGAGUAAAUAUCAACUUGUCAAUGGAAAUGGGCAGAAUAUCCCCCCUCGCACUGUCAUGGUGGUCGAGAAAAAGGCGCAAAAUUUGAAAGAGAAAUUCACUACAGCGACUGUUGGAUCAAAAAGGCGCCACACAGUGGAAGAAACAGCAUGCUGUGUCACGAAAGAUCAGCAGCCGGUAAUGCAAAUGGCCAACCCGAAGUUAGUAAUGCAGAGGAAUAAUUCAGUGUCCCCCGUUUCCAGGACGGAUGGGAAAAGACGGAUUUUGUCUUUAGAUGGAGUCUCAUUCUGCGCAACCAACGGCGUGCGUCAAUACAACACGGAUUACAUGCGUUCCAAAGACGGAACGAAAAUUGGGGGAACUCCAGAAAAAGACUCCGUAAAAAUCAAGCAAGUCGUGUUACCAGAAGUGACGUCAUCAUUUAGUGACGUAGUGAGCAAAUUCAAAAUCACGAAACAGAAAAUACCUAUCGGAGCAGCUGUUAAAGUCAAAGAGGAACCGAACGAGUUUCGAACUCGAAUUGUUGGAUCACCACAGAACAAAAGAAAACGUAAAGCUGAGGCAUUGGCCAGCGUGCUGUCUUCUGGAAGUGGAUCGGACAGCGAGCAAAUACGUGCGGCGCAUAACGUACUGGAGCGUCAACGUAGAGAGGGUUUGCGAGCGUCAUUCCUGACGUUGCGUGAUAACGUACCAGAACUCAGAGCAAUGGAGAAGACUCCCAAAGUCAACAUUUUAAACAAAGCGAGGGAUUACUGCUUGGAACUCCAGCGAGACGAAAAAUCACUGACGAUCGAGAAAGAUCGUCUCAUUCGUCGUCAGCAACGGCUGCAAUCUCGUCUCGAACGAGCAAGACGAGCUGUCCAAUCCAUUUCCUCGCCACCAGAAAGCGAUUUAGAAUCCGAAGUGGAAUUAUCCGGAAAUAACAACAGCUCCCCAAUUGUAUCACUUCCGCCUUCUCCACCAACUGGAUACAUCCCAAGCACGAAUUAUUACGUCACAAACAAAAGGUCACCAACAGAACAACAACAACACGAAGUCGUCUUCAGGUUGGAAUCGGCAAAAAACUCUCGCCAAAGAGUCAAAAAUACUGAUUUUUCUCCUACGGUAAAGCAAGUCAAAUGUCAGGCAGAUCUACGAGCGAUUCUGGCAACGCUACAGAAGGGGACAGACACGAACUUACGACUCUCGUUUCAAACUAGUGAUGUUCUUUCCGACGGCUUUGACUGCGGUGAUAGCGAAGAAGAGCAUUUAAGAACUUUAUUUUAAAUUUCCCGCGCUUUUUAGUGCGGCCGCCACGUACCCCGUGAAUGAGCACAACCCCGACUGAGCUCGAUGCUCAAAAAGAUCGGUGUGGGCUACUCACGGACGGGCGCUCAGAUACAUUAAAAUGGCCCUCUGUGGCCCGCGCUCUGGAUGGCCCUCGUGGCCCAAAAAGACAAGACGACAAUUGUAGGCAAUACGCUUUAUGUAUAGUUUCGCCAUUAUACGCUUAUGCUUGUAGUAUUUAUAGUUAAAGACUAUUAUAUGCUUAGGACUGCUUUUUGUGUUUUUGAUUACGUCAUAGUGAUGACGUCACUAACGAUAAUGAUGUACGGUACUAUGUCACAUUCACGUGACAGGGCCAUACAGGGAGGACUCAAAAUAAUCGCAAUGCGAUGAAAACAGAAUUUUGGGCGAAAAUUUGAUUUUGGUCCAAAAAUGGAUGAUUUUGACCCAAAAUGGACUUAUUUUUUGUAAAUUAAUAUUUCUUUUGUUUUGUUCAGUGUUUCAAACCAAUUAUGUUGUUUGUUGAGUUUGAUUGUUCGUUUGUUUUCGUAUUAUUACGUCAUAAUUAUGUUCCACUGUGUGUUUGUGCGAUAAUAAUGUUCGUUAAUUAGACAUGCAUUGUUACGUAAUAAGAAAUCAAGAUAGACGACGAAUUUACUUAUCUUUCGUUAGAAUUGAACGAAAAAAGCUAAACUUAUCAAGAAAAUUUGAAUUUUUUACCGCUUGAAUGUCCCAGACAUCUGAUUUAUUUUACUGAAGCCCUUAGUGUUUCCGCCCCAAUAACAUUCGCAAAUUUAAUUGGAAAAGUUGUAAUUUUUUACUCCCCAACCCCUAUUUGUUAGUUGUCCAUCUAGUACUUACUAGAAAUUUCCGCCGCAUAUACAAUAAACAUUCGCAAAUAUAAAUUGUAUAUAUUUUUCUUUUUUAAAUGCCCCCUCCCCAUAUUUGUUAAUAUUUCUUUACCAUUUUUUUGUUUUUCUUCUAUUUUGAAUAUUCAACAUA